GUCGAAAGAAGCAAGAAAAUUUUUGCUUCCACAAGAUCUUCGCAAAAUCAUAUCGAAAAGCCAAACUACACGGCUGGUAGGAAAACGGGCAGAACUUCCGCAUCAACAUCUUCACGUCGUGCUCUCCGUGCGGUCGACGAUGACUUUCAUGCCCGUUUUUCGCGGCCAGCCCCAACCUCUACUUCCCCAGCGACUCGUCUGUCUAUCCGCUUGAAAUUUGACGCGGAAGAAGCGGUGAGGAGAAUACGGCGGGGGGUAUGGGAUGUAAAAUUACCUAUUUGUAGGAUGUUUCUUUGUAAUGCGUACAGCGAAAUUCUGGAAUACUUACACGCACUUCUCCAGUGCGCUCUUCUUUAUGUUUUACCUUUCGUUUACCUGAACGCCAUGCGCAUGCGCAUUACAAACUCACGGCAAUGUUGGCGAUUUUUCAUUCCACAAGGCUUUCCCUGGAUCUACACACGAGACGUAGCGAAUGUGGG